AUGUUCAACUGGUGUGGUAUCUCCCCCUACAUUCGACUUGGUUUAAGACAUCUUAAGCUUUGCGAUGCAUUGGGGACAAUGCCACAAGAAAAGAAAAAUUCUUCUCUUUAUUGUUUAGGACUGCUUGUGGAGUAUCUAAAAGAUAGGAACGAUUUGAUCUUCAAUAAGGUGUUGUACCAUUCACACUAUCCCUGUAACCAAGAAAAUACUGACAUCAAAGACUUGAAGCUGAAGUUAGUUUCGUUUCAUCGAAGACUCGAAUCCAGUUACCUUGUUUCACCUGUUUUUCACCCUACACAACCUCGCUCGAAGCACACUUGUUUGACACAAUCUAAAUCUAGGGAGAUGAACUCAAACAGUCAAAAUCAUGCUCCAACUAAAAGCAGUCAAGAGGAAAGCGCUAAUGAAAGUAGUACAACAAGUUUGGAUGAUGUUGGUUGA